UGUCCGCUGUGUACGUGUGGCUGCUCUGCCACUGCAGUCGCCUCCUCAUUGGGACAGAUUGCGGAUCACACGGGGCGACCUUAGGUGCUUACUGGGGGUUAAAAAAUGGUGAAAGUAACGACAGUGAAGACCAAGCCGUACACGGACCAGAAGCCCGGGACGAGCGGUCUGAGGAAGAGGGUGACGGUGUUUCAACAGAACCAGCACUAUGCGGAAAACUUCAUCCAGAGCAUCAUCUCUGUCAUCGAGCCUGCCGAGCGCCAGGCUGCCACUGUGGUGGUGGGAGGAGAUGGGAGGUUUUUCAUGAAAGACGCGAUUCAGUUGAUCGUUCAGAUUGCUGCUGGCAACGGGAUUGGCCAUCUGGUGAUUGGUCAGAAUGGCAUCAUGUCCACUCCAGCAGUCUCCUGUGUGAUCCGCAAGAUAAAAGCCGUGGGUGGCAUUAUCCUCACAGCCAGCCACAACCCCGGAGGCCCCACUGGAGACUUUGGCAUUAAGUACAACAUCUCCAGUGGAGGACCUGCUCCAGAGGGCAUCACAAACAAAAUAUUUGAGAUCAGCAAAACCCUGCAGGAGUAUCACAUCUGCCCAGAGCUGAAAGUGGAUCUGUCCAAGAUCGGCAAACAGACCUUUGAAGUGGACACUUUCAAACCUUUCACAGUGGAGAUUGUGGACUCUGUGGAGGCCUAUGCUGAGAUGCUAAGGGGCAUCUUUGACUUUGCUGCACUGAAGGAUCUUCUCUCUGGAGCCAAUCACAUUAACGUCCGCCUGGAUGCUAUGCACGGAGUGGUUGGUCCUUAUGUGAAGAAGAUAGUCUGUGAAGAGCUGGGUUCUCCUGCCAACUCAGCAGUCAACUGUGUCCCCAAGGAGGACUUCGGGGGCCACCACCCUGACCCCAACUUGACCUAUGCUGCCGACCUGGUCAACACCAUGAAAGGAGGAGAAUAUGAUUUGGGCGCAGCCUUUGAUGGUGAUGGUGACCGUAACAUGGUGCUGGGUAAAAAUGGCUUUUUCGUGAACCCCUCAGACUCAGUGGCUGUCAUUGCUGCCAACAUUACCAGCAUCCCUUACUUCCAGAAGACUGGUGUCAAAGGACUGGCCCGCAGUAUGCCCACAAGUGGAGCCCUUGACAAUGUGGCGAAAGCUCUGCAGAUGCAGCUGUACGAGACUCCCACUGGCUGGAAGUUCUUUGGAAAUCUGAUGGAUGCUGGAAAACUUUCACUGUGUGGAGAGGAGAGCUUCGGCACAGGCUCAGAUCAUAUUCGUGAGAAGGAUGGUUUGUGGGCGGUGCUUGCAUGGUUGUCAAUCUUAGCUACCAGGAAACAGAGCGUGGAAGAGAUCAUGAAGGAUCACUGGCAGAAGUUUGGCAGGAACUUCUUCACCAGGUACGACUAUGAGGAGGUCGAUUCAGACGCGGCCAACAAGAUGAUCAAGGAUCUGGAGACAGCAAUGUUCGACCCAUCCUUCGUAGGGAAGAAGUUCUCAUCAGGUGAUAAGACUUAUGAGGUAGCUGUCUCUGACAACUUUGCCUACACAGACCCUGUGGACGGAAGUGUGUCCAAAAACCAGGGCCUCAGGAUCAUCUUCUCUGAUGGUUCGAGGAUCAUUUUCCGUCUCAGCGGUACAGGCAGCGCGGGAGCAACCAUCAGGCUCUACAUAGACAGCUAUGAGAAGGACCCCCAGAAGAUUUACCAGGACCCACAGGUGAUGCUGGCUCCCCUGGUGGACAUCGCCUUGAAGGUCUCUCAGCUCCAAGAGAAGACUGGACGCACUGGCCCCACUGUGAUCACAUGAGUCCUCUGCCACACUGCCUCCACUCACCCUCAGCAACAGGAUACCUCCGCUCUCUCGGGGGUGAAGCUGCCCUUGAAUGCUGUCUUGGCUUCCUAUCCUGGCCCUCUUAGAAAAACAGAGCUGGACAAAAAAGUGAAACUCAACAUGCAGGUUGAAUACAAGAAAAUACAUGAGGAGCUCUUGAUUUAUCUUACACUGAAAGUGAUCCACUGCCAUUGUCUAGUGUUGGACUAAAAUGAGUGUUAAUAUGCUGUUUUCUUAAAAUAAGGGAGAAAAUCUGCCUUAGGUGUCAGAUCAUUUAUCUUGACACUUCUCGAGAGAAAAACUUAAACGGAGUGUGCCUCAUGUACUUUCUGGAAUCAUGCUUAAUCGUGUUAUUGUCCAGAUCUGUUCCUGAACCAUAUCAUUAAGUGGAGAAACUGACCAUAAAUCAGCAAUAUGGGGCAACCUCACCCCAUGUUUCCCCGACUGAGCUGGUGCCUUCUCCUCCCUGUGUUCUCCAAAAUCACCAAAAUAGUCUCUUAACCUUAACCAUGACCCACAGCUACAGCGUGUGAGAACUAAACAUAUCCACCAUAAAUAAAAUAAUCUCGCAUAAAAGAAG